UUUGAUCUUUCUUUUGCCCUAAAAUAAUCAGAAUUCCCUAACCCUUGUUACUAUUCACCUUCUUCUCAAACAAAUCUCAUUUUCUUUCCUCCUUCCUUGCUUUCCUGAUGUCUCUUUUCCUCCCCAUUCCUGGAAAGAACGAACAGCCUAUUCCCCAUUGUUGGUCUUAAGUUUCGAUCCUUUCUUGAGUAUUCGAAGGAACAAACAAACAUGGCUCUUCUUUAGUAUGUCUGAUUUCUUGAACAAACAAACCCUCAUCGUUCCCUUGAACCCGCCGUGGAAGGGGCAGCAGCCACAACCUUCGAUUCCUUGUCCUUUUCCGGGAAUAAACACAUCACAGCCGCCUUGUUCUCCUCUCCUCUGGGUUUUGGUUCUACAGCCCUCACUCUCCUCUUCAAAUUCUGCUGUUCGUGACCCAAAUUACAACAAUUUCCGAGUUAAGGUGAAGCAGCAAGGCUUGUGGUUUCCUAUUCAUUUCAUUGCUUUGGCCGCCGGUUCUUUUGGGUUGUUGGAGAAUCUCAUUUACUCGGUUCUUGGCCCUCAAACAGGCGGCAAUAGCCGCGUACAGCCCUCCUCAUUUCCGGAACCCGACCCUAUACAGCAGCAACAACACCUUUAUACCUGAAACACUGAAUUAGCAGCCUACACUACCUGCCAGCUUUCGUUUUGGGUCGAAAGAAGAUGCUGGCAGCCUUCUGAUAGUGGAAUUCCUCCUCCAUCUUUUCUGUUGCCUAAAAAGAAUUAGAAGUUUGUUUGCCUAUCGGAACCGGUCGGGAAUGAUGGGUUAGCGGUGAUGACUAGAGUUACAGAGAUGUUAUAUUGAGCUGAGAAUCUUGUCAAAAUUGAAUCUGUAUUGUACAUGGAGAUAGAAUUAGCUCCUGAUUUACUCAGUGAUUUACCCCUGAGCAUAACUGAACUUAUUCUUAGCUUAUUACCUAUAAGAGAUGCUGUUAGAAUGAGCACAUUGUCAACCAAAUGGAGGUAUAGAUGGGCUAGUCUUCCACAGCUUAUUUUCGAUGACCAAUGUGUUGAUCCUUUGCCCGACAAGUUGGUGCUGGAAAACAGACUUGCAAAGUUUAUUACCCAUGCUAUGUUGCUUCACAAUGGUCCAAUUUAUAAAUUCAGGAUAUCUACUUCCAUCCUGCAAAGCUGCCCGGACAUUGAUCAAUGGCUACUUGUGCUUUCGAGGAAUGAUGUUAGGGAACUAACCCUUGAAUUUGGUGGUGAUGGCGAGUGGUUUAGGGUCCCUUCUUGUCUAUUUUCUUACUCAAAGUUGACUCUUUUGGAGCUUUGUCGAUGUGAAUUGGAUCCCCCGCCUGGCUUCAGAGGAUUCUCAUGCUUGCGGACGUUAACUCUUAAUCAAGUUCUUGUGGUGCCUGAAUCAAUCGAAAGCCUGAUCUCUAACUGCCCUCUUCUCGAGAGUUUAACAUUGUCAUACUACGAUGGUUUGGACUUGAACAUUAAUGCCCAUAAUCUCAAGUAUAUUUGUCUAGAAGGCGAAUUCAAGGAAAUAUGCCUUCAGCAUACCCCACUGCUGGAAGUAGUAUCCAUAUCGUUAUAUAUGAACAUAGAUGAAAUUCAAGAGCAUUUUGAGCAAAGCUCAGGUUGCAAGUUUGUCAAAUUUCUCGGUGAUGUACCUAAUCUCGAAAAGCUUAUAGGACAUGUCUACUUUACGAAGUAUUUAAGCAUAGGCAUUGAGCAGUGGACACCCCGAUUUACAUAUAGUCACCUAAAGAUCAUUGAAUUAUAUCAAGUAAGCUUUGAAGACACGAAAGAAUUGCUAGUUGUUCUUCGCCUUAUUACAAAUUCCCCAUGUUUACAGGAGCUUCAUAUUUCAGGCUCAUCAAACGCAAAUGUCGCCCAGGAAGUGUCGAACUUGGACUUUUGGGAGACCGAAUGCCCUUCAGAUUGCAAAUUCAAUCGUUUGAAAAUUGUGAAGAUGACAGAUAUGAGUGGCGUGCCCCAUGAGAUGGAGUUAAUAAAGAUUUUAUUGGGGAAUUCACCAGUCCUCGAAAAAUUGAGUAUAGCGCCCUGUAUAUAUGUUUCCGAGUUCAAAGUUGAUAUGCUGGUAGAAUUAGUGAGAUUUCGGCGUGCCUCUCCUCGUGCUGAAAUCCUGUUCAUACAGGAAUAAACAUUGUGAACUAUUAGAAUUCAUCCCAUGUGAAAAAUAAAAAAAAACAUGAAUUAAUCUUUUCAGUAUGUUAUGUAUGGGAAGUUUUGGAGUGUAUGUAUAUCGUUUUUGCAAAAUGAGAACUUUGUAGACUUCUGCAAAGAAAUUUCAGGAGCAAUCAGAGGAAUAUCGAGGCUGAAAAUUUGCACAUCCUUUUUACUGCAAGUUUGGAAUAUUGAUUUCACCGAGAGUCUACUUCUCUGGAUGUGCAAAUGAGCAUGGGCUCGGGACUCUACUUGGGUAGGCUACUUUUGACACUGUAGAAAUGCUCGAACGACCGAUGAUGGUUCUCCAAUGAGCACAUAUUGUCUAGUCGUUGUAUUUUAUGUCGCACAUGUGAUGACUUUGUGGAGUACGAGGUUGGUUUCGUUUACUUCUUGCGCCUAUAAAGGAGGAAGUGUUAGAAGAAGAGCAUGUUGAAUACAAACAAUCUCAUUCUAGAUUGUUGAACUUGUUAGGAGACCAAGAGCUUCUAGUGACAGCAAAUACUGUUUUUGUGUUUGAAAGUGUUGAGAAAAUACCUAAGAGUGUGUGAGAAUCUAUACCUACUCAUCUUGGUUGUUGAACCAUUGAGGAUGGUGGGAGUGUAUGUGAGGAAACUCCAUUGCCCAUUGUUAGAUAUGAGGAUAUACAAAGGUCGGAGAAUUUAAGAAUUGAAUGUGGUUGAACUGGUAAACUUGUUAAUUGUUAGAUAUGGGCAUGGGUCGGGCAGACAUGUAGGCAGUACGAGUAGACCUCUCAUGGAAUGACACGAUUUCUAAACCAGCGGGUCGUAGGCGGCCACGUUCAUGAUUUCUUUAAAAACUAGUACAACACGAUGCACGAUCGACUUGCACAUGUCGCACGCACGACUUGCCCCGCCAUGUUAUAAAAACAUGGGGAAAAAGUUUUAAAAAGAAAGAAAAGAGUGUUUUGGCCCUAGGCAUUCAACCGUGUGCUCAUACUGUGCCACAGGCCAUUGUUUGGUGUCAUUAACACAAAAACACGCGACUUAGCCCACCAUAGCACGUGGUCUACUCCGUCUACUUUGGGAUAGCUUGAAGACCGCCUCGAUACCCUUGUGUACUAAUGGUCCAUCUUCCACGCCAACCACGUUUAAAAUCAAUGAGCAUUUUUGAGAUAUGAGUAUUGGACCAAGGCAUUGAUGUGUGUUAAAAAGUAGGAGUAAAAGUUUGACUACUAAAAUUC